AUGCUGAGCAUGGAGAUGUACCCCAGUUUGACUCUGGGACCACAAAGGAUCGGAGACUGCUUUUACAGAGACCGGCAGGCUCCAGCCCACAUGCCGUUGUUCCCUCCUGCCUGUGACGUUGUGGCCAAAGCCCUGCCCCCGAGGCUGCUCGCCCCUCCACCUGUUCCCAACGACCCUACCACCAAAGCCCCAAAAGAUGAGGUGAAGAUGGAGCUGGAGAAUGCAUCCUUAUGGAAACAGUUCAGCUCGGUGGGCACAGAGAUGAUCAUCACAAAGAAGGGCAGACGGAUGUUCCCCGGGCUGAGGUUAAAGCUCUCAGGCCUGAACCCAUCUCUCCGUUACAUCCUCCUCCUGGACAUCAUCCCAGCGGACAACUCUCGCUAUCGCUUCCAAGGUGGUGGCUGGCAGGCUGUUGGCGGGGCAGAGGCGAGGCUACCGGACCGGGUUUUCAUCCACCCAGACUCACCAGCCACAGGAGCUCACUGGCAGAGCCGCACCAUCUCGUUUCACUACGCCAAGCUCACCAACAACACGCUGGACUCACAGGGACAUAUAAUCCUGCACUCGCUGCAUCGCUACCAGCCCAGAGUUCAUGUCAUUGAAGCCAGAGACGUGCUGAGGUGGGGCGGAGGGCAACACUCCUUUGUUUUCCCUGAGACCCAGUUUCUCACAGUCACUGCCUACCAGAACAACAAGAUCACAGAGCUGAAAAUCAGCGCCAACCCCUUCGCUAAAGGCUUCCGAGAAGACGGCAUGAACAGCAAAAAACAAAGAGAUGCAAGACAGAAGCGCAAAAUAUCUGUCCUGACAGAAACCUUGGAUAUUGUGAACUGUGAUCCAUGUGACUCUACUGAGCUCCUGCCGCAGCCCAUAACCACCAGCACAGACCUGCAGGCCCUCGCUCUGGCCUCUCUGCCCCCACUGCCUGACCCCUCCUGUGGGUUCAGACCAGAGGGAGCCUCCUAUCAGGACACUCUGGUCCCGGAGCAGCCACUAGAUCUCGGCCAAGCAUUCAUGGCAUCGCACAUGUCCGAUAUCGGCAUCUCCAUGGCCAAUGGGAUGCAGGGCACACCAGGAAGUGAGGUGGCGAAUCGUAUGAUUGAAAGAUCAGACACUAUGGGUGAACCAGCUUACACCUCCACCUUCCCUGCGGUUCAGAACAACUCCUCCUCUUUCCCAUCAGCUCCUCUACCUCAGACCUCCUCCUCCUUCUCCUCCCUCUCUGUCCCCGACUCUUCAGAUACAUCCAAUGCUCAGUCUAUGGACUAUCCCUCCAUCCUCUCCUCCUCCCCCACGCUCUCCUCCUCCUCCACCACCACCACCACCACCCCCUCACUGCAGCAGACCUCCUUCACCUUCCCCACGCCGCCUCCUUCUAACUCCUCCUCGCCACAGCCACUCCUGUCCUCCUCCUCCCCCUCUGCCAACCACUAUCACACCAUCCCAGAGACAAUCAUCCCCCAUACACCUACAGCCGCCUCUUUCCCUGCCCCAUCUUCCACAUGUCAGUCAGGUCUGCAGGACCAAAUAUCAGUUCAUUCUCUGCUCACUCAUCCUGGUCAGCCUCUGCUGGGUGAAUCCAUGACCUGUGGAAAUAAUGCACCCAGCGAUCAAAGCUCGGAAGCAUUUAUCUAUCCAAAUAUCCUUUCUGCAAAUCCUGAUCCCGCUCCAGUUACCGCUCAGCCUCUCCCCAACAACAACCACCCACCAGCUCCCAGUCUGCCGUGCUCCCUACACGCUCAUGUUGCCCCCACAUCUUUUGCCUUCUCCUCCGUCCCUCAACACAUGCAAAAUCGGUCGUUCUCAAAUAUGUCUUCCAGCUAUGCCCACCAUGCUCUUCACCUCCCAAAUCUGAGCCACCAAGGCCAAGCUUCCACCUUCCCUCCCUCCUCCUUCACUCAUCCAUCAUCCUCCUUUCCUCACCCUCACCCUCCUUUCCAGCCCUCCUCUUGCUUGGCUGUCUCCUCUUCUUUCCAGCAGUCUGUUUCCUCAGUUCCCUCAAUGCCACCAACAGCGCAUCCUCAAAACCUGCCCAAUCCCGCCACUUCCUCAUACCCUCCGGUCGAAAUAGGUGCCAUCCCGCAGUUCAAUCCUGCCGCCCCCUAUCGUCCAGAGAUGGUACUGCACCACCCGUCUCUUCUCCCUCAGCUGGAUCCAUCACUUUCCUCCAAUCUUCCCUCCUCCACCCCUCCCCCAGCCCUCUACCCUGCCUUUCCGUCCUACCCUCUCCGGCUUUGCCAGGACCCUCACUCAUCCCUCUCCAUCCCAUUCAGGCAUCUGUACAGACAACACCAGCAUGGACACGCCCACCCCCAGGGGUCCUACCUGGAUAUGAGCACAAGAGCUGUGUUUUAA